AUGGAUAAUUGGAAGAUUCAAUUUGUGGUUGUUACUUUUUUUGCUUUGGUGCAUCAGGGACUGUCUUCCAGUGUGGAAGAGGAGAGAGCACUAUCCAGAGACUGGCAGGAUGAAUCACUGGAGACAGAUCUGAGCCGACCCAUUGCCACUUUGAUGAAAAGAUCUAAAGCCCUUCGCUUCUACGGACUCAUGGGGAAACGCUCAGGAAUAAAGAAACCUUUUAAAGUAAAUAGACGAAACAAAGGAGAAAUGUUUGUGGGCCUGAUGGGAAGAAGCAUUUCCAGUGGUGAAUCUUUAACCAGAAUAUUUCCACCUGCAACGACCACUGCAAUCGAUGUUUCAGAGAAACCACACAAGCAAGGUAUGAUUGUAUCAGUAUAA